AUUAUUGUAUCCUCAAAGUACUGUGAUUAUCGUCGUUAGGCGCCCUUUAUUUAAAUAAAAAAAACUGCAGGUUGUCACUUACGUACUCGUGUCCCUCCCAGUCUUAUGUUUCCCCGUCUCACUGACCCUCCAAGUUGACGUCGACACUAUUGUUUCUGUUGAGUUGUGAUGCCAACGAUGGCCCAGGAUUGUAAAAAGUGAUCAGCCGUUGAAAUUUUGAAAUUGGUGGUAUUAUUACUAUUAUGUGAUGGAUUGGGAAGCUUCUUGAACUUGAUCGUCAUCGUUUCAACAACAACUAACUUCAUCACAGUCUUUUCUCUUUCUUCUUUCUUCAUUAGUCAAACUGCCACCUAGCCAAAGCUUUGCUGUCAGCUUGCUUGCUUGCUUUCAAAGGAAACUAACAACCAAAAUUUAAAGAAAUUGUCUCAUCUACACACUCACUCAAUCGCCGCUCAUUUCUGUUAAAUCAACGACAACUCCUCAUGGAUGCACUCCAUACUCAUUUUGCCCGACGGGAUGGAUUCGGAGGCUUACCUGGUGGAACCGGUGCUUCGACCUUUGGCACCACAAUAUCACCCGAGAGCCCUCUUGAUGUAAUUACUAGUGCUUUGGGCAGCAUGUUCGGUGGCGGGGCAACUACCACUUCUACCUUUCCUAGCUCUUCCGCCCCUUCCGCCCCUUCCAUCACUACCAGCCAACAAUCCAGUUCUACUAGUACCUCCAUUCCCUCCACGAGUACCCCCUCGACAACAUCUACGUCGGUAACUACACCCAACUCCACGCCUACGCCUGUGCCUACUCCCACACCCACCCACACAUCCACACCCACAUCAUCUGCUUCUCUGAUCGUCUUUACUUCAACCUCCGGUACUAGCGUUAUCUACGUGACUAGUACCACGUCCAGUUCAGCGUCUACCAUCGCUGCAGCUCCUCAGUCAUUCUUCCAGAACAAGCCCCUGGAGGGUGGGGUGUUCGCCAUAGUUGGAAUCGUUAUCAUGAUCAUCAUGUUCGUCAUCGUCACAUUCACUAUCCGUCGUCGUCAGCGCAAUCGUCUUGAGAGCGACAUCGCCGAUGCUAUCACGUUUGAUCCGGUCGUGAGGGAGCACUAUGGAGAUGAGGAGAAGGGAACGAACACUUUUGAAAAAUACAGGCUUAGUAGCAGUUCCUCAGGUCAUGGCCAUGGCUAUGGGUACGGUCCGCAGCCUACAUACGCGCCACCGACCGUUCCUCAGUACGGUUACUACGGCUCACAAGGAUAUGAACAGCAGGCAACUGCUUAUCAUGUCCCUCCCCCUCAAGGCCCCGUCUAUAACUUCGACAGUGCAGUUAACACGGGUGGCAUAGCUAAUACGGGUGACGCUGUUGAUCCGAGUGGUGCGGCCGAUACGGUUAGUUCAGCCAGUACAAGUGGUGCCAACCUCACUCGCAAAUAUUCAAACCGAAAACCUGUUCCACCUCUCCUGCCAAAUCCCGUUUAUAACCCAUCUCAAUCUCCGGUUCUUCCCUCGCACUAUUACAUGGAGAACCAGGAUGUCCCGAUCUCACCGAUUUCUCAAUCAAUGGAUAUUUCUGUACCCCCCGGUGAUCUGCCGACUUCUGCGCUACCUGAUGACUCGGAGGACGAUCCUUACACAGGAAUGGUCGAGGCAUGUUGAAUUUUUGUUGAACUUUCACAACACACUUAAGUAUGGGUUUGCAGGUUGUCGAUCACUAAAUAUACCCCAGUGCUUUUUUUCCCGAUACCCAAGUGGCAGUUGCUUUGUUGGUUUCCUGUCCGACUAUGCUCCCUUGCCUUCAAAUUGUUUCGAGCAGCGCUCGUUUCCGUUUUUUAUAGUUUCAAUUAAUCCACUUUGAUGUGCUGUGCUCAUCGGAUGUUGGUGAUUCUUGUUGAGCUGUCAUGUAGGCGUAGGGCGAUCAAUCACCCAUUCUAGACUGCUGUUGUUGUUCCCAGUAUCAUUGUAUCUAUACUGUUUUUUUUUUGAUAUUUGCAUGAAUCAGAAAGUUUUAGAGUA